AUGAACCCCACAACACCUGCUGUCAAAAGAAGGGCAUGUGUGGCGUGCACAGCUGCCAAGGCAAAAUGCACUCCGCAGACUGUCAAUAUGUGCCAGCGAUGCGCUCGUUUGGGCAAGUCAUGCACAUACCUUGACAUUCCACAGACGAAGCGGAAAUACAGAAAUUCACCAAGUCGCGUGGAGGUGCUUGAAAAAAAGGUUGACCAGUUGACGUCGCAGCUGGUUGCCUUAACCCGACAGAAUGGACAGACAUUGCCUGAACCUUUCACCCCACUCACUAACAACGACUUGCCCCCAUCUCGCAAUCCUGACCCUAAUUCGACAAACAUUGAUGCGCUGCUAGAUGUUGCCAAAGACCCGUCCCAUGGCAUCGCCCCGCCGACUAGCUCUGCUCUAGAGGGUCAGCUAUCUAUUGUAGAUCGAGGGCUGAUGAGCGAAGCCGAAGCUGAACGCUUGGUUACGAUCUAUCGGUUGGAUUUUGUGUAUAGAUUUCCCUUUGUAUUGCUUGCACCUGGCGAGACAGCAGUACACCUCAGGAAUAGAGAGCCGUUUCUCUUCUUGUGCGUCGUGGUUGCAGCCAUGAGCAGUGCACAUCCUCUACGCAAAACCGUGAACGAGGAGAUCAUGAAGCACAUUACGGUGCGAGUUGUGGCACGGUCUGAGCGGAAUCUCGAAUUGCUCCGUGGUUUGUUGGUGCACAGCGCAUGGUACUCCUAUCCUGCAGAAAGAUACCAUCCGCGACUUUUGCUGUUGAUUCAGUUUUGUGUUUCUAUUUUAUAUGAUUUGAGAUUACACGGAAAGUCUGACCUGAACUCGGAUGAGCAGCGGGCGCUGCUUGGUGCAUAUUGGUUGUCCAAUGGGCUUUCUGGGUCGCUCGGCCGGCCGGUUGUUCUGAAGUAUGAUGCUCGAAUCGAUGAAUGUAUUACGCGGAUAGCAUUUACCGAGCAUCUGUCGGAUCGGUGCAUUGCGCCAUUCAUUGAUUUCCAGUCAUUCUUGACAACAAUGGACGAGAUUUACACUUCGAUACAAGAGAGUGGUGGAAGGGCACUCGUCCAAGUCACGCGCGGCUCUUUGCAGCGGCAAUUUGAUAGCAUGAGGGCAUCUAUAGAAAGAUAUCUCUCAAACUGCGCUUCUUCAACAGGAAACUUAAUUCGCAUCGAAGUUAAAUAUGUAGAAAUGCGACUCGAGGAACUAUCUCUUCGCGAGGACCUCUGGAUUGCAGUGCCUGCCAGCGCAGUCCGAACAACCAUGCUGAUGGGUAUAAUCCAGCGAAGUAAAGAGCUCAUUCACAUGAUCAGAAACCUACCCGUGUCAGAAAUCACGCAUAUGACAAUAACUACAAGUGCUCGUCUAUGUGCUGCAGUGGGCUACAUGCCCACUGCAGUCAUGGCCCUGCUCAACCUUAUUUGUACCGGCUCCGCCGACUCUGUCAUGGAAGCCCAGGUGCAGGCCGUAGUUGAUGUAGCAGAGUAUCCCAAUCUUGUCACAGAGCUUGCCAACACGUUGGAAACACAAUUUGACGGAAUGUCUAGUGCGGCCAAAGAAACGGACAUUGUGGGGAGUAUUUGCUCGAAAAUGCGGCUUCUAGCACGUUGUUAUCCAUAUCAAAUUAGGGCAAUUGUUGGGAGUGCGCCGCCGUCCCAAGAUGCAAGGCAGGAUACGUCGUUGAUGGCUGUUGACUCUAACGAGGUUACUAUGACACAGGGCUGGCCGUCGAUUUAUACAGAUCUGGACGAUAUGAUCCGUAUCGAUGACAUUCAGUGGGAUUCUCUAUUGAGUGACUUUACUGGUUUUAGCUACCGUAGCUAA